UUUGUAUAUCAGAACAGGUUGUGCUUCUUUUCUGUGUUUCCAUUUGAUCCACUAGAGGAGCUCUUUGGUCGUACUUUGACUCUGGAGACUUCGAUGUGGAUUUUCACUUGAAUGUAUCAGCUAUAGCGUGAUGAUGCUAAGCUAGCUGUCAGCCAGGCAUCCUCCACGGGUUUCUCCGCUGAGUUAGCUGCCGAUCUCCCGGGUCGUGUCCGUACUGGCCGUCUUGACAUUCCUCAUCACUCCCGGACGAAUUCGUGUCGACUGCCCAGAGUCCGCGAAUUCAGGUCCAUUCCUAAUCUAACCUUUUUCCCUGCUAGCUUAACACAGCUAAACCGGCUAACGAGAGAGCAGACUCGAAGACCGGACUGACGAGAGUUCCACUUAAGGACCACACCCAGACAACAUGUCCCUUCAUCAGUUUCUGUUGGAACCCAUCACCUGCCACGCGUGGAACCGCGACAGGACACAAAUUGCCAUCAGUCCUAACCAUGAAGUCCAUAUCUACAAGAAAAGUGGAAACCAGUGGGUUAAGACUCACGAGCUGAAGGAGCACAAUGGACACAUAACAGGUAUUGACUGGGCUCCCAAAAGUGACCGUAUAGUGACAUGUGGAGCCGACCGUAACGCCUAUGUGUGGUCCCAGAAAGAGGGCGUAUGGAAGCCCACACUGGUCAUCCUCAGGAUCAACCGAGCCGCCACCUUCGUCAAGUGGUCUCCACUCGAGAACAAGUUUGCAGUCGGCAGCGGUGCUCGGCUCAUCUCUGUCUGCUACUUUGAGUCUGAGAAUGACUGGUGGGUGAGCAAGCACAUCAAGAAGCCAAUCCGCUCCACCACCUCAGUCUGGACUGGCAUCCCAACAAACAUCCUGCUGGCUGCUGGAUCCUGUGACUUUAGUGCAGGUAAGGUGUUCUCAGCCUACAUUAAGGAGGUGAGAGAGAAACCAGGCCCCACACCCUGGGGCAGCAAGAUGCCAUUUGGGGCUGUGUUAGCAGAAUUUGGAGGAGCGGGUCUGUGGAGGGGAUGGGUCCACUCAGUCUCUUUCUCAGCCUGGAACCGCCUGGCCUGGGUCAGCCAUGACAGCACUGUCACUGUGGUGGACAGCUCUAAGACUGCCAGUCCUUCACAGCUGAAGACGGAGUUCCUUCCUCUCCUCAGUGUCAUUUUCGUUUCAGAGAACAGUCUAGUAGCUGCGGGCCACGACUGUUGCCCCAUGCUGUUCCGUUGCGACGACGGUGGAACACUGACAUUCGUGUCAAAGCGCCUCCCCAAGCAGAGUAUCCAGAGGAACAUCUCGGAUGAGCGCUUCAGGAACAUGGACAAGAGAGCCACCACCGAGGACCGCACCACUGCCCUGGACACACUGCACCAGAACAGCAUCACCCAAGUGUCUAUCUAUGAAGGAGACAAAAGGGAUUGUCGCAGUUCUGCACCACAGGCAUGUGACGGAGCAAUGACCAUUUUGGGCUUCAGAGUCUAG